ACACACACACACACACACACACAUCCACACCACUGCACAUUGUCCCUUGCCUCGAUCCGGCCCCCUCCACUCGCCUCCCCCAGUUCAUUCUGCUAGAUGUCGGUAAUUGAUCGAGUAUGAUCAUCCAACGCAAAAUUCGCUAUCAAUUACGCCGUCGAGUUGUUCUUAAUCCUCCCAAGGUUGACGAAGACGACGUCGCUAAUGGUGCGGAUUUAAGCCCGCCGGACUCAAGUUCUGUUUCAAGUGUAAACCCAGACAUGCUAGGCGAUGAGAUUAUAGUUGGAACUCAUGGCGAUGGCGAUAAACCAUCACCUCUACGAGUUGUGUCAGAUGCCGAAGAUCCUGAUGCCACUAAUGCUGAGGACGAAGAACCCAUAUCUCAUUAUCCAAAGCGAAAGCGCGCCUCUCUAUAUAGUGACCUAGGUGAGGACAAGAUGGACACGAGCGUCAAUGAGGAUACGAACGACGUCGGUACACCUCGUGGUAGUCAGGGAAAACCCGCGGUCGCAGGCGCUCGCGAUUCCAAAAGUAUUACUUUGGGAUAUUGGCGCGAUUCGCCCGUUCCAAAUGCAAAUGCCAAACAUUCAGUCAUCGGUUUUAUGGAUGUUAGGGAUCGCCUGCGUACACGUAUUCAAAACGUGACUCGCUCAGGGGAAAUGAUCAAUUCUCGUCUUUUCCCAAUUCCGCCUGGUCCUGGAGGUAGUUGGGUCACAUUUGAGAGGAUUGUCUUCGAUGAUCACCUUGUUGGACUCGAUCACAAUGAAAUCAAAGAGUAUGUGAAGAUUCGCUCUGAUGCGCCUCCCAGUGAAACCCCGGAAGCUCGAAAGGAAGCACAGGUUCUUGCCGUCAAUGAAGCGCGCCGUCGUCUCCAGGCCGCCCCUGCUCCUGAAACGGCCCAGCUGCCUUCUAUAGCCUAUGGUUUAGAGAUCCCCGACAGCGCCCAAAUUAGCCGCCAUGACGCAAAGCGUCGUCGUACUAACGGUAGUCUUGCUCCGGAGCGCCCUCCCAACAGUGUACCAGGGCAACCACAAACCCCCAAUCCCACCCAGCCUGCUACAAAUGCCACCCCUACUGGAGCCGUGCGACCACCUUACCCAGGAAUGCUAGAUUCUCUUCCCGGUACUCGGCCUACUCGCAUCCUCGUAGGUUGUUGGGCCAAAUCGGCGGUGGAGGAUGAUCGGGAGAGACAUGCCGUGUACGGUAUUCUAGGCGCUAACGAUAUGUUUCGAGUCAAGCUAGUUCGUGAAACAUUAGAUGGUCGCUAUGUGGACGGCAAUUUUCCCGCUGGAGCCGGUGCCUUGUGGAUCCCGUAUGAAGAAGUCAUGUUUCUACGUCACAUUGCACAUUUAACCAGGCCUGAGAUGAAAGAAUAUGUCCGCGUUCGCCAGAGCCAGAUCGAUGCUGGAGAAAAAGAAGAUGAAAAAGUUGACAAUGAAACUAAGGCCGUAUUUGAAGCUCAGACCCGUGUAGCGCAUAUGAACCGCGGCGGGCAAACUUCUUCUGGAAGUGUUUUGGCCCGUCAAUCCAUGGCCGCAGAGAGAGAGGAGACUCAGGAACACGCAAAUGUCCAGCCUAACUCUGGAGGCCAUGAGUUGCGUAACCAACCCCGGCGCGAUGUCUUGCCUCGAAAUGAAGCCCCUGUGCUCCGACACCCCCUUCCAGAUCCGACCAUUCAACAUUAUCCUCGUCCUACGAGCAUAGACCCUGUUGACAGGGUGCAGGGUCUAGCUUCGCGUGAGGUUGCCAGAAUGGAAGCUGUCCAGAUGCGACACGAUAGACAACAUCAGAGCAGAUACCCGGUGGGAAAUCCAACUCCAAUUGAGCCGGUGGAUCAUCAUCGGCAUCAUUUCCAAGAAAACCGCGACAGGAUGCAGAAGAUUUGGGCAUCCCAGGAGCAAAGUCGGAUUCGUGCUGGAAUUGAGGACGCUAAGAUUCAUAUGGGGGUUAAGUAUGAGCGAAAACAAAAUGGUCCAUUUUCGGGGAAGCUCGUGAGCCAGGGCGCUAUUAUUACUAUUGACGGGGAAGACUAUGUCGAAUACCGCGUCCUCACUAAGCCAAGCUUUUUCUAAUGUGGUAGCCUCGGAGUCACUUGUAGCAAAUAUCUGCUUUAUUGCUUGAGUCGCUUGCGAUUUCUCAUAGUCACGGAGCUCGACCAGCGGGGCCAGGGCCUA